AUGGCAGGCUACAGUCUUCUCCCCUUGUUCCUGGUUGUGGCCCUGCAGUCCCUGUUACAGCCAGCCCUGGGCCAAGUCUUCUCCCCUUGUUCCUGGUUGUGGCCCUGCAGUCCCUGUUACAGCCAGCCCUGGGCCAAGGAGUCGGAGCGGCUGGCAGCCAUCAUCGUCCCCUCUGUGGUCGGGGGGCUCCUGCUGAUUGGACUGGCGAUCUUCGGGGCGCUCAAGGUGCGGGAGAGGCGGCAGACGGAGGGCACCUACCGGCCCAGCAGCGAGGAGCAGGCGGGCGCGCGGGCGGUGACGAACGCCAACCUCCAGCUGCCCCCCGAGGAGCGUCUGAUCUGA